AUGCUACCGGGUGUUCUCCCUCCCCCCUCUUGCCCUCUGUUGCUUCUGCUGCUGCGGCCGACCUCGUUGGCUUCGAGUCGGUCGGCGCUGCGUCUGCCCCUAGCGGGUAACGCCGCACCAACAAGGGCAAGGGGGGCAAGGGCGUUGGAGGGACUGGCGAGGGCGGUGGAGGUGGUGGUGGAGGCAGUGGAGGCGGAGGAGGCGGCGGCGGUGGCGGAGGGAGCGGAGGCGGCGGAGGUGGCGGAGGCGGAGGAGGUGGCGGAGGCGGCAGAGGUGGCGGAGGCGGCGGAGGCAGCGGUGGAGCUGGUCGCGGAUCUGCACAGAGGAGUGGCUCCGGUGAGCACAUGGCUGCAGUGA